AAGGAGCAACAUGACGAUAACAUUGGGAUACUGGGAUAUCAGAGCGAAAGGUGAAGCAUGUAGGUAUUUGUUGCGGUACUCGGGAGUGGAUUGGACAGACAGACGGAUAGAGAUGACAGAGGAAGGAUACAAAAGUUGGUAUUCUGAGAAGUUGGAGUUGGGGUUGGACUUGCCCAACUUACCCUAUCUUAUAGACGGAGAUAUCAAGAUUACACAAAGUGUGGCUAUCUGUAGAUAUCUUGGUAGGAAAUUUGGACUGGUGCCAGGAGAUGACGAGAAAGAUAUUGUGAAGAAUGAGAUGAUAGAACAAGAGGCUGUUGAUCUCCGCGCUGCUUUCCAAGAAAUACUUAAGAAAGACCAGUUUGAAGAAAAGAAACCCGCUUACUUUGAGAACUUAGAAAAGAAGUUGGAGAUUUUAGACAAGUAUAUCGGAGACGGACCCUUCGUAUUGGGGGAGAAACUGACCUACGUUGACUUCAUGCUGUAUGAGUUCGUGAGCCAGAUCAGGAAACUCACAGCGGAACGUGUUGAUAAAGCUGAAAACCUGGCGAGAUUUCUUCAGAUAUUCCAGGAACUUCCUCAACUUCAGGAUUAUUUCAACAGUGAGAAGUUGGCAGCUGAAGUCCCUAUCAACCCUUCUUUCUCUGCGUUUCCUGGUUAGUUAGUUAUUAAUGCUACUGCAAUUUUCGUUAAUGAUACAAUGAAUAGCAGAACGUAAUAUCAUUAACUUAGCUCAUCUUGGGGAUAAAUUAUUGUUUUAGUUUUUAAGUUGUUUUUUUCUUGGUUUAUAUUAUGUUACUUAAUUUAUUUGUUAUUGAGAUGGGUGAUUUGUUGAUUUAUUUAAUGUACAUUGUAACUGUAGAAUUUUUUUUUCUAACAAUUUUUAUUCAAAAUUCAUUUAAAAUUUUUGUUAUUUCCUGCCGGUUUAAUGUUUAAGUCAUGAGACUUUUCAUU